AUGGUCCCGUCACCACCGCUGUGUGACUCCGCCCGGUGCGAGCUGCUAGAUUUAUACAUUUUUCUGCGGUGUCGAGAUGCACGUCGAACGUGCGUGUCACCGCUGCUAUCCCCGGGGGGCGCGGCGGUGAGAACGCCGCGAUGUCGAUGGCGCUGGAGGUAAGCAGCGCGUACAGGCCCGGGUGCGGGUGGGCCACGUCCCGAAUGAUGUGGUCUAUCUAGCUCGCCCCCCGUCAUGACGAUAGGCGAGAAGGUAGCGCCUCGCAUUUGGUACAGGGCCGCUUGACCGUCCUUCUCCCACGUGCGGCCCUCCAGCUUUUGGGUUUCUUUCAGCCGAUGGGCAUUGUAUAGUCUACAGGCGUGGCCCCCGGGAUGCUCGCGAGCUGUUGG